UUGUUAAGUGUCAAAGAUACACAUUACUGAAAAUUGUGAAACAAUAUAAUUAUAUGACAAGAAUCAAAUCAAUAAUUUUAGAUGACACAGUUUUAUGUCACAAAAAUUAUCUAUUAUUGCGACACACUCUCAGUACUAGUACACAACAUGAAACGUCGGCUUUUGAUCAAAGGCGCCCGCCUGAUUGUCGUCUGCUUAUCUCCAGCAGAGUUGGAGACCACCUGUCAGCUGGUACCCAGGCCCUUUUAGUCACGUGACAACACAGUUUAUAAGCAAAUGCUGAAGGUCUUUUUAAAUCACUUGACCCUUGGAAAUUCAUCUGUUAUAGAACAAAUGGAAAAGCUUUAUAUUUUGAUUAGCCUUACGGCGCUAUUUGCAUUUAGCAGUAGUUUAUGUGUGACAGAAGAUGAAGGGAAAGAUGGUAUUGAUUUGAGGUGUAGUUCCAGGUGGAGUGGAGAAGGUUCUAAAAUCCGUCGUCUUAUAGUACACAGCUGGGACGGCUCCUGCCACUUUCCGGAAGGGGGCCUUUUGACGCUUUACGGCGCAGAUCAGGAUUGUUUCACCUGUUCGAAGUCUAUCCAUGAGCGAAUGAUGGUUAACGGAGAGAAAUGUACAGUCGCUGUUCCUACAGCAAGGUCAGAAUCGAAAAUUUCCGGAAGCAGCAGAACCACAACUGGGUCAAUAGAUUUCACGACAGAGCUCUACGAGGCAGUCUGGCAGGUAAAAGGUAGCAUCCAUGGCACCACAACUACAGCAGCUGAAACCUAUAGUGCAUCCUCAAGUUUGCAAGACAGUGGUUCGAUCCCCAGAUGGACAUAUGGGCUGUUGUCAACUUUAGCGGUAACUGUCCUGGUCUUAUUCGUGCUCCUAGUACUGUUGCUAUUGCGUUAUAGGAGACAACGGGCGUAUAUUUGCUGUAAACCAAGAACAAGUCCAAGUGUAAGCAUGGAAUCUGUUAUGAUAUAUCCGUUGCCGACAUUACAACUUUAAUAUUUGUAAAUUUACAGAACUAUGCAUAUUGGUGACAGUCGCACUGGUUGUAAAAUUUCUGAAGGGUUUUAAUUGGCAGCCUCAUCCUCUCCAACAACAACAACAACAACAACAACAACAUCGUAGAUUUCAAGGAGGUAGAGAGCUUGUGAUUAAUCAACCCCAUAGGGCACUACGACCACAGAGGGCUCGGAGGCAAGUCCAAAGAUUACAAAUAUCGUGGUAAAAAUAAGCUCGCGCCAGUGUGUGUGUGUAUUUUAUUUCUGAUGUGACACCAUGUGUUUUCUUAGAGUGCUACUUAGUUGUGGACACCAUGUGUUUUCUUAGAGUGCUACUUAGUUGUGUGUCACUUAUUGGCACUGGGAUUUUCUGUGUAUGAUUUCUUUCUGUUACAUCAUGUAUAAAUAGUAAUUUCUUAUGUCUUUCUAUAUUAAAUGAGUAGAAAAAUGUGCCGCAGUAUAUGUGCAUGAAUCGUUAGUGUUUCUGGUGUGUAUGAGUUAAGUAUCUAAGACGAAACAUUUCAAAGAAUUGUUAUCUGUGUUGACGUGACAACCAACGUUCCAAGUGUUCUAUAUUUUGUUUCCCGGUGUUCUAUAUUUUGUCUCAUAUAUGUCAUAGUAAAGUGUAAAUGACAAGUUUUAAAACUCGUUUGAUUACCUACACUAUAAUCUUUGAAAUAGUGAAGAUGUCAGACUUAAAGAUGGCAGAUUUUCUUUCAUGAAUUCUUGGUUAUCUUAAUUUGAGCCGUGUCACGACAAAACCAACAUAGUGGGUUUGCGACCAGCAUGGAUCCUUUACAAACCCUAUUACAAGUAGAGAAACUGAUAGCGACCAGCAUGGAUCCUGAUCAGACUGCGCGGAUGCGCAGGCUGGUCUGGAUCCAUGCUGGUCGCAAACCCACUAUGUUGGUUUUGUCAUGACACGGCUCAUUUAAUUUUUUUUUGUAUAAAGACGGGUUUUUUCGUGGAAUGCUUCAGUUAUAUACUAAGCGAAAGUUCUAACACCCCCACACAUUUGCCUUUCAGCUAGUCAUAAAUUGGUUGUCUUAUUACAUAGUAUUAUAAUUAAAAUGGGUGUUAGAAGUUUCGACAAUACACCGAGUCAUGACACACGAAAAUAUACACCGGAUGAUGCAUGUUUUUGUUUAAUUGUUAUUCUUACUAGAUAGUUUUACCAGUGUAGAAUAUUGUUUAAAAUCGAA